AUGAAGUCCACCAUCCUCACCUCCUUCCUCCUCGCAGCAACAACAGCAAUACACACAGCACUAGCCUACUCGCCACCCCUCAAAAUCACCAGCAUGACCACCCACCAACCCAUCGGCAGCGGCAGCACCAAUUUCUACUACAUCAACUUCGCCAUUCAAGGAAUUCCCUCACGAAGGUUCUCCUCCUCUUCAUCUUCCGCAUACUGCCAAAUCAGCUGGGGUGACAACGGCUGGACUAACCCUCAACCUUACUCCAUCCACGUCCCGACGGGAACUUGGAUGAAUUGCGAUUCUACUCCCGGAUCCUAUGAUGGCACGAGUGCUUUUCAAUUUCAACUGUUUCCCUACUUCUCCAUUGGGAAUUUUACUUCAGGUGUCAGGAAAAUAUCGCAAGAAUGGGCGUACGGUCUCUCGAAUGCAGAUACUGCUGGACUCACCUAUGCGAGUCUGUUUGAUGGCAAUGCUGUCUCCAGAUAUCACAAACUCACAACAACACGAUACUUCAGAGCCGACUUUGGAGGUGUCACGCAAGAUGAAAGCUCUUCUUCCUCGAACUUCCGGGCGAGAUUUGUAGCAGCGUAUACAGAUACGCUCUCCUCGACUGGCGACUGCAGCUAUCCUACGACUGAGGCUAUCCGCACUACCUCCAAAGGCAUCUAUCAACAGGCCUCAAUUCUGUUCUUCAAGAGAAACAUCUUCUAA